AUGCCAAGACAUCAGCAUCAUCGUCGCAGUCACCAGGCAGAAAGAGAUGAUAAUGAUGAUUAUCUGUUUCAACGAUUUCUGGAAGAAUCGGACACCAGACUAAAUAGAGAACGAUCGCCUGUGGCAGAACAAUCUCAACAAGAACUACAACAAGAUGUACGGCAAGCAAUUGAUGGUAUAUUUAAUUCCCUUAGAAGAAAUGUGGGUACUGCCCCAAAUGCAAACAGAACCGCUCCUACCGUGGACGCGAGCAGACCCACAAGUGAAGGAUUCAAUGCAGAUAUUAGAAGGGCCACCAACGCAGGCACACCCGAUUCUCCGUUUUUGGCAAGGCAGCAGAGUCCUCUUAGAACCUUUCUGAGAAACCUGUUCAUUCUAGAUUACUUUAUCGGACUAAUAUUAUUCCCGUUUUCCGUGUAUAACAUAUUAAGAAGUGGAUUUAACUCAAUGACAUUUUCCGAGAACGAUUUUAUAAUUGAAAUUGUGGGAUACUGGAAAUUUGCUAAGAUAUUCGGUUCCGGUGGUACGACAUUGAUUGCAUAUAAAGAUACAGGCAAAUUAGGGUUGCUAGGUAAGUUUCAUAACAUCAUCGUGUUUUAUUCUUCACCGAUGAUAAAGUAUAUUAUGAAAAGCGCAGGUGAUAAUGAAUCUAAGGUAAGUUGGUUAAAAUUGAUGUUUUCCAAAAUUUUCGAACUAUUCGUCAAAAUCUCCACCAUUCUGAUUUAUUUAGCCUAUGGUGUGAGCGGUACCAUUUACAUGGUUACUGCUGGAUUUUUCUUUGUAUUGUGUCUUUUGUUCACUAUCGUCAGAAGAUAUAAGGGCGUUCAUAGAAUGCUGGUCAGCCAAAGGAUGACAGGGCCAGGUGUGUUCUAA